GUUAUUUAAUGGACUCGAUCGGUCAUUUAUUUAUUUUUAUUAAAAAAAACAUUAUGUUGAUUAUCAAGUUUUGCCAAAUAAACUAAGUUAUAAAUUAAUCCAUCAAUUAAUCAAUUUUUUUUUAAAUUAAUAUUUUUUUGGUUUAAAUUAAAAUCUAUAUCUGGAUAAAAUUCUAAAUUGUGGAUUUUCAUGGUAAAAAAACAUAUAUUUUUUAUAGUUUAAGAUUUAAUUAAUUAAUAUUAUAAUUUUUCAUUAUCAUUGUCUUGAAGAAGUGGGAAAAGUUAGCUUUUGCCUAAUUAAAAUCUUUUUUUUUGGUCAAUUGAGAUUUUUGUUUUCCCAAUGAAGUUUUAGCCAACGAAGACCCUUUUUAUUGCCCUGUACAGGUUUUCUUCUAAUUCUGUUUAUAACUUUAUUAUUAUUAUAUAUUAUUGACAAUUGAUUUACUUGUUAAUUAUAUAGAUUUGUUUCCAUAUAUUCCUCACUAUAUUUCUACUUAUAACUUACAAAAGAUUGCCUAUAUUCAUUCCAAUUAAUUAAUUAUAAAUUUAUUAUUUUUCUACCCAACAAUGAUUAUAUAUGCUUUCAUGUACAAUAUUCUAAUAUCAUAGACUAGAUACAUUCCUUCCCUCUACAUUUUUUUUUUUGCUAGAAAUAUAUGCCCUAUUAAGAUUUUGUAUUGUAAAUAUUUCUAUGCAGAAGUGAUUUACUUUCUUAGCUUAGAAUUAUAUAUUUACUGCCUUAUCUUUCAGCAUCACACUUGUAUGCAUUGCCUUUCAAUAAAAAAUAUGAGCCUUCCCUAGUCUUGAUCGUCGAAUGUUUAGUGCCAGAGAGUCCUUGCUAAAGUGUUCGGUUCUUCUUCAACAGCAUAGCAAACUAGGGCAUUGCUCUGUUUAAAGCAAGCCCGUCCACCUUCCUCAAAAUUGCAGAGAAAACUGAAGUGAAUACAAAUGGAGUCCAUGUUGCUGAAACUCUUAUUUCCAUCUCCUUUCCUUAUCAAAGCAAUGUCUGCGGUUCCUGUUGCGACAUUAGGAUAUGUUGGGCUAUCAGAGGUAAGAGGAAAGCACAUGCAAUACUCCAAAUUCUUGAAUAUUGGUGAAAAGAAGCCCAUCGAGAAGACGAUUCAAGUCUCUAGUAGAACUGGCAUGCUUAUUGCUUACACACCAGCAUUUCUAGCCGGCGCUGCUUCGUUCGGGCUCUUCCCAAAUGAUGAUCUCAGGUUUUUGUUGGUCAAAUCCACUCUAACCUUCCAUUUCUUCAAAAGAAUACUUGAGGUGCUAUUUGUUCACAGAUACAGUGGAGGGAUGGAAGUUGAGUCUGUGAUUCCUAUCACUCUUAGUUAUUUCACAUCCUCUGUGUUUGUCAUCUAUGCUCAACACCUAGCACAAGGACUCCCAGAGCCAGCUAUUGAUUUGAUGUAUCCAGGGCUUUUGUUGUUUCUAAUAGGAAUUAGCGGUAACUUCUACCACCACUGUCUCCUUUCCAAGCUGAGAAGCAAGGAUGACAAAGAAUACAAGGUCCCCAAGGGAGGCUUAUUUGACCUCGUGAUUUGCCCGCACUAUCUGUUUGAGAUUCUUGGGAUCUUGGGGAUCUCUCUCACAGCUCAAACAUUGUAUGCCUUUUCUUUCUUUGUUGGAACAACUCUUUACCUGUCAGGGAGGAGUUAUUCCACUAGAAGAUGGUACCUUUCACAGUUCAAAGAUUUUCCCAAGGAUGUAAAGGCUCUCAUUCCUUUAGUAUUUUGAACAUGUAAAAGUUUAGAAGGAGAAGGGAGAAAUUAGAGUGAAAAAUAAGAAAUCAAAAUAUAUUUUAUUUUCUGUAC